UUUUAAUUUUCAGCAGAGUUCACAGAGGAGACCUCACAGCAUCAGACCCAUUCAUCAAGAUAUCUCUCUGCAAUGGCUGUUGACAACAGCUGUUCUCUUUUGUUUUCCAGCCUUGUUUCCAAGAAAUGUUUGCCUCUCAGCUAAGCUAUGAAACUGAAAUCCUGCGGCUGUGCAUUUCCUCCCGCACCCUGAACCAAAGGAAAGGCAAGUCCCCACAGCUGAGCUUCUGCAGUCGCUGCAGGUUGAUGGUCUGCAGCUUUGGUGGAGGGCACUACCAGCACAGGGGCACCCUGGGCACUUCUGCACCUUGCAUCUAGGUGACUGAGCUGAAGCAGCAAAAGGCAAUCCUCACCUGCUGUGACCCUGCACACCUCUCUGCACCCCUCAGGUGAGGGACACACUCACUGCCCACCAGGGAAACAUCCAGGCUGAAACCUUCACUCCACCACACAUAUCUGAACAUGCUCUUGCUUGAAACCUUUUCUCAGUUGCUUUGACUAGAAUUUUAUAGGGCCACAAUCCCUGGAUUUUAUCAAUAUUUCCCAAAUUUACUUGAAAAGCAGACAGGACUACAGCCUUUUCUCCAAUUUUAAUAUUUGGCAGUCUGGAAAGGAUUUUCUGCAAAAACACCCCAUCUGCUUGCACACAGAAGAUUCGUCACUGAAGACCAUUCAAGAGGGCCACCCCCUCCUUCCAUACAACACUGUUUCCAUUUGGAGUGCCUUUCAUCCUCCUCUGAAUCUCAGUGAGAGCAAAGCGUGACCAGCAAACAUGCUGCUGCUGGUAGUGCUUGUGGCCACAGCCUCUUGGUCUUAUGGAUUUGCACAGGAAAUUCCCAAGCAGAGUCCUAUAUCUAUCACGAAGUUCCAAAAAAGUGCACGGAUGACAUGUGAAAUUAGAACAUUACAGGAAAGUUUUGAUGACACUGUCAUACACUGGUAUAAGCAGAAGGAGGGUGAAGCUCCACAGAGGCUUCUGUUUGUUUCAGGAGGCAAAGCUACCAUUGAAAGUGGCUUUCAAGCAAACAGAUACUUGGUUGAAAGAAGUUCUGUCCAGAAGCAGUGUUUUCUUACAAUAAAAGAUGUAAUUCCAGAUGAUGCUGCUACUUACUACUGUGCCUACUGGGAUCAUUAUAACAAGGUGUUUGGCUCAGGCACAAAACUUGUUGUCUCAGAAAAAGGAAGUUCUCCCCCAGCAAACUCUGAAAUCCUGCAGAAAAAACAUGAAAACCAGAUAACCUAUGUUUGCCUUAUUGAGAAAUUCUACCCAGAAGUUAUUAGGGUGACAUGGACUGAAGACAAAAAGGAGAUAACAGACAACGUAGUGAAAGGAGACACUUGGCUGUCCAGAAAAGAGGAUGAAUACUCAAUUGCCAGUUGGUUAACUGUGCCAGCAGAGAAUGAGGACAAGAAAUACUACUGCAAAUAUGAGCAUGAAAAGGAAAAGGCUUCACUGUCAACACAAGUCGAUUCUGUGGAGACUGCUCCUCAGGAAGAGGACUGCAGAACAGUUUUCAAUAGAGAUCAGUUAAUGCACAGGACAGCAUAUUUAAUAUAUAUCGUCCUUCUUCUGAAGAGCUCCAUGUACUAUCUUAUCAUACUCUUCUUCAUCUACAGAGUGUGGGCUUCAACCAAGCACCAAGGAAAGAAAGCAUAAAUGCUGUUUUGAGAAAGGGCUACAAAUUGAUCUUCAAUUUACUUUGUCGUAUGCUUAUCCAUAAGGCUCCCCUGCUCUUGGUGUUAGAUGCAACAGAAAAAAAAAAAA